AUGGAACAGCCACAGAAUUUGCGGACGUUAUUUACCACGGCCAAGGCAGAGAAAACCGAAUUGGAGGCCCGUCCGGACACCAACACUGAUCGUUUUCGCAAUGAUGUCAGCGCAACAAUAACGAAGCUCGAGGAAUGCCAGCGACUCGUGGAUGUUCUGUCGCUCUUCAGCUCCAAUGAACCAUUAGAAGACAUCGCUACCGGUGAUUUACAAUAUCUCACUGUCGCAUAUCAUCUCGCCGACCUCCUCCAACGAUCGUAUAGCUCCGACCGCGAAUCGAGUCUCCGUCGCGCACUCGCGCAGUACGAGCGAUUUCUCGCACGCUUGGAUGACUAUGAAUUACUCAACGAUAAGGAUAAAAAGCUCUACGAGCGAUACACCGCGAACCCUUCCUCAUUCUCCCUGACCCUGGGUAACGACGCUGCUGCACGAAGAGAGAUAAAGAUCACAAGGUUCAAAGAGGAGAAAGAGCUCAAGCAAAGACUUGAGGUCAGAUAG